GGCGCGCACGAUCCCCGCGGGCGGCGCGGAGCCGGCGACAGCGCGCAAGCCGAGCCGGACCUGGCGGUGGCGGUGGCGGUGGCGGCGGCGGCGGCGGCGGCGGCGGCGGGACCGGGAUGGAAGGGAGCGCGGUGACUGUCCUUGAGCGCGGAGGGGCGAGCUCGCCGCCGGAGCGCCGGAGCAAGAGGAGGUGCAGGAGCGGCGGCGGCGGCGGCGCCCGAGCACCCGAGGGGGUCCGAGCCCCGGCAGCCGGCCAGCCCCGCGCCACAAAGGGAGCGCCCCCGCCGCUUGGCACGCCACCUCCCUCCCCAAUGUCCUCAGCCAUCGAGAGGAAGAGCCUGGACCCGUCUGAGGAGCCAGUGGAUGAAGUGCUGCAGAUCCCCCCGUCCCUGCUGACAUGCGGCGGCUGCCAGCAGAACAUUGGGGACCGCUACUUCCUGAAGGCCAUCGACCAGUACUGGCACGAGGACUGUCUGAGCUGCGACCUCUGCGGGUGCCGGCUGGGCGAGGUGGGGCGGCGCCUCUACUACAAGCUGGGCCGGAAGCUCUGCCGGAGGGACUAUCUCAGGCUUUUUGGCCAAGAUGGUCUCUGUGCAUCCUGUGACAAGCGGAUCCGUGCCUAUGAGAUGACGAUGCGAGUGAAAGACAAAGUGUAUCACCUGGAAUGUUUCAAAUGCGCCGCCUGUCAGAAGCACUUCUGUGUGGGCGACAGAUACCUCCUCAUCAACUCCGACAUAGUGUGUGAACAGGACAUCUACGAAUGGACUAAGAUCAAUGGAAUGAUCUAGGCCCGAGUCCCCCAGCAUUUCUGAGGGGUGUUUCACUGAAGUCACUGUCUCCGUAGGGUCUUCACUCUUGGGCACUCUGGGGAUUGGAGGGUGGGAUGAGGCAUUUCUUAGGGGAUGGUGGACCCUCUCUGGGCACCAAGCCACAGCAUCCAAGUGACAUAAUACAAGGGAUAAGACUUAACUAUGACAGGAUGAUCAGCCUUUAGGGAGAGCUUAUGGACAGUGGCCACCGCCUAUGCAUAGUCACUGAUAAGAUUAGUAAAGGAAAGGAGUGUUGGGCAGGCAGGCGCGAGCCAUCAUCCUAGAACUUCACACUUACGGAGAGGGACGUGUGCAAAGGACCUUGACCCUUGACAAUUAGAGAUGUGCAAUUGAUAUCUUUUCUUCCUGGCUUUUAUGACAGCCCUGCUCCAAUCACUGUCCUCCACACAAGGGAAGGACAGAGAGGAGAGUGGUCAUCCUUUCUUCUUGGCCACCUUCCCAAGGCCUUAAGCUUUGGACCCAAGGGAAACUGUGUGGAGACACAUUUCAGUUGAGAAUGGAAACUGCAACUUUUAACCAAACAAUUAUUUAAAGCAAUGCUAA